AUCACGUGCAGCUGUAAAGGUUCGGCUUAUAUGUGCCAUACCGUAGUGUGAGAGCCCUGCAGAGUACCCUUUCACAAAACAUAUGUGCUGGGGUACCCGAAGCGAGCACCAUUAAACAACGACGACAAAGAGGUUCUAAUGGAAGACGCGUUUCCCGUUCUGCGGUAGCGACAACUGUAUCUACAAAGGUAGCAGAGGAAAUGUCUGUGUCCACUCCGCCAGGGCUUGACGAGGCGUACGUCACAUUGGCUACCAAUGACACUUACGCAUUCGGAGCUCUCGUACUGGCCUACUCACUGCGCGAAGUCAAGGCCACCAAGCUAUUGGUUGUACUGGUCACCAGAGACGUUGGUCCCGUCAUGAAGCAUCUCCUGUCGCAGGUUUUUGACAGCGUUCAAGUUGUCAAUCUUCUGUGUUGCAGAGAUCCCUUGGGCUUCCCGGAACGGGAACGCGAUAACGUCCAAGCGUCUUACACGAAGCUCCACUGCUGGUGUCUAACAGCCUACAGCAAGUGCGUCUUUCUAGACGCCGACACCAUCGUUAUAUCCAACUGCGACGAACUUUUCGACCGCCCCGCAUUCUCGGCCGCCCCAUUGCGUAGCUGGCCCGACAUGUUCGACACCGGCGUCUUCGUUUUCCAACCUUCCCGUCGCACGCAUGGUCUUCUCAUGAAGACCGCGCGAGAGAAGCCCAGCUUCGACGGCGUUUUCCGAGGCCUCCUCAACAUUUACUUCGGCGAGAUCUGGCGCAGUAACAUCACCCUACACCUCCCUUUCACGUACAACCUCCAAGCUGCUGGUGGGAGGCCCUUCUUCGAGGAAGCCUAUCUACAUUACGGCUUUUCGACAACGAAGAUCGUUCACUUCACGGGGCUGGAGAAACCCUGGAAUCAAAACUUUGACUGGGCAAGUGGACUGGUUACUCCAUGUCCAGAAUGUCCUCAUAAGAGCGAUCAUGUUCAAAAGUGGUGGGAUAUAUUCUCGACGUACGUACAACCGAAACUCGCGAGACACCCAUGCGGUGAUGGAUCCAGGCGUCCAGGGUUGGUUUGCCGUGAGGAAAUCUGUGCAUCAAAACCCGAAACAUCACCUCCGGACAGAGAUAUGAUGCACGAAAGACACGUCAGUUUGGAUAGACUUUUGUGCAUCUUAAGCGACACAUCCAUUCAGACUGUCUGUCCUGAUUCACCACUCCUGCCUGGGCAACACAGCGAAGAACGAGAAGAGCAGGAAAGGUUUGAAGACUGGGAAAGAGGAGAGAUGGACUACAACGGUAGAGAUGCCUUUGCGAACAUUCAGGCAAAGCUCGACGCUGCCAUUCAAGGAAAAUCGCGUUCGCCGACCCCACCUCGAGUUCAGAAGAGCUUCUGUGAAACUGGGAUGUGUGGCAUGCUGUCAGAUGUUUAAAAUGGGCGGGCUAUGGGUUUAUAAGGCCGCAUUACUAAGGUACUGCACGGUUGCCUUCAAAAUGUGUAACUAUGGCUUAUGUUGUCGUCAUCAAAACAAAUAAAAUCUGGAUGUGUAUUUCCCGUAA